AUGGUGCCGCGAUCCGCGAGCUCCGAGAAACCCGCCGCCGGGAAAGGCGGCGGGAAAAGCGGCGGAGAAGGGGGAGUUCCCCGCGCGGCGUCUUACAGAGUGGAAAGCUCCGGCGCAGCAGUUGCUUCCGCCAUGGCGGAGAAUAGGGGGGACAGUGGCGCGGGGGGAGCUUCGGCGGGAGACGGUGUCAGCGGCGGUUCGGGCGCAGGGGAAAGACCAAGAAGGUCGCUUCCUGCCACGCCAGGCAGAGCUUCCGGCCAAUCAGGAAGCAGCAAAGGCGGCGGCGGCGGCGGCGGCGGAGGAGGAGGAGGAGGGGCAGAAGGCGCAGGAGGAGGGAGUUCGUUGCUGGGGCAGCGGACGUUCAGCGGGGUGUCAGCCUCGUCAUACGUGGGCCUUCCCCCCUCCGCCUCUCUGCCCGGCCCCUCCUUCGGAGCCCAAUACAGCGGCACGCUCAGCGAUCCGGGCGGGCCGGGUUACGGCGGUUACCACCACCGCGCCAUGCCGUCCGACAGCAGCAUCGACAGCUGGCAGGGCGGCGGAAGCGGGCUGAUCCAUGGCCUCGCUCCUGCUGCGGGUGGUGCUGGUGCGGCUGCUUCUCCUGGGAGUUUAGGCCCUGGUGGUGGUACUGGUAUUGGUACUGUGAGUGGUGGGGCGGGGUUCAGUGUUCCCCCGUUCUCCCCCCACGCGCUCUCAACGCUCUCAGGCAGCCGCUCAGGCAAUUUCUCAGGCGCGCUCUCUGACGCCGGCGGCAGUCCCUUUGGGUCCAUGCCUCGUGGGGCGUUUGCUGCUGCGCCCUCUGCAUGGUCAGGCGGCGCAGCAGCACCAGGAGCAGGAGCGACAGCGGGAGGGGUGGGAGGGGGUGACAGUGGUGGGAGUCUGCUGCGGCUGGCGCCGGGUGAGCUAAUGGCUGCUCUCAUGCAGCAGCAACCAGGCAUGAUGCCGCCCAGCCCGCUACAACCCAGUCUCUUGCAGCCCAGUUUACUCCAGCCGAAUCAGCUGCAGUCAAGUCUGCUACAACCGAGCCUGCUACAACCGAGCCUGCUACAACCGAGUUUGUUGCAGCCGAGUCUGCUACAGGCGUUGCUGCCUGGGCCUGGCGCCCUCCCCCUCCCUGCUUCUGUUACUGCGCCACCAGCUGCACCCAACACUGCCUUUGCCGAGCCUGCUGCAUCUGGUCUGGACGCUGCCAUACCUGCAGGCACGGAUGCUAACACUUACACGUAUUUGGGUGGGAACAGAGAGGCAGAAGAUCAGGCAGGGAGAGAUGCUGACGUGGACUCUGUGGAUGAUGACAGGGAUGAUGAGUCACAGGACGAAGGAGCUGAAUCAGAAAUUGAGGGAGAGCGAGUGGAAGGGUUCCGAGCCACGAUUAGGGCAAAAGCAGGGAUAGAGGAUGGACUCAUGGCCUUCAGACAAGACAAGGUGACGCCCGCCCCACAGUGCAGUGCAGUGCACUCUAGUGAGAACGCGAGUGAGAGCUGCUCUGUGCUGCUGGACGCCCUGCUGGACAUCUGCGAGUCCACCUUCGGCUUCAUUGCCUCCAACUUCCGCAUGCCCCACGGCGACCCCUGCCUCAAGACCCACGCCAUAACAAACAUUCUCUGGACCGACAAGCUAAGGACGUGGUUCGCCGACCACUCGGCAGCCGGUCUUGUCUUCACAGAUGUGUCCGAAACGGGCCUCUUCGGCCGGGCGGCGCUGAAGGGCGAGGCGGUGUGGAGCGACGACCCGCCAGCUGGCAGCCUGCCCAAGGGCCAUCCACGUGUCAACACCGCAUUCGCCAUGCCGCUUAUCUGUGGCACGGCCAUAGUGGGCGUGGCGGUGGUGGCGAAUCGCAUAGGCGGGUACAGCCACGGGCUGCUGCGCGCCGUGCAGCCACUGCUGUCGCUCGUGGCCUCGCUGCUCUUCUGCCUGCACUGGCGCAACGACGGCGGCAGGGACCUCGGAAGACGUGUCGUCAGCCUUGCACAGGACGGGCGCAUAGAGGUGGACAGCAGGGGGCGCAUCACGUGCAUGGAUGCUGCUGCCUGUGCCAUCUUUGGCGUCAACCCCCUCACUGCCGCCCUCAUGGCUGCUGCACCCGCCACGUCAGCAACAGCCGCCACGUCAGCGGCGGACCUUGCCAGCGAAGCAGACAGCGCAGCGGUUUCUGCAGAAGGAGAGGGAGCAGCUGCGUCAGCAAUGGCACCGGGGGCGGUGUGCCCGCCCCUUGGCCAGCUGUCAGUUGCUGAUUUGUUUUCUCGGAUUGGGGAUCAGCCAGUCACAGCAGACGUUGACGUGGAAGCCAUUGCACAGCAGCUGCAGACGCCCCACCCAGCAGUGGGCAAGCAGCAGGGCGGAGCGCACAUUCUGCUUCAGGUUAACCUCUGCCCUCAUGCUCCUGCUGCUGGUGGCAGCAGCAGCAGCAGCAGCAGUGAGAGCAGGGUGCACAGGGCAGUGGUGCGGCUGCUGGCUCGCUCCGACUGA